CGAUGGAUCCCUCUUGUUAUGGAUGAUUGCAUGAAGCGGUAAUUUGGUAACAUUAAAGUAAAGGACUUUGCUAUGGUGACAUGCAUGUCUUGGAGACAUGCAUUUUUCGGUCGACCUUAUAUAGGAUUAGGUCGACUUAAUCUGUUGUUUCAGUGUAAAAACAGUUUCAUGGUGCCUACUUUGGAUAUUCAUAUCUUACAAUUGGCUAGAUGGAAAUUGGAGAUCAAUGACUUGUUUUGAAGCUGAAGUGUCCCUCUACACAUUAAAUUACUUGGGAGCUCAAUAGGAAGUCCAGAAGACAAUUGUGGAACCUGAUCAAAAGGCUAUGCCAAAACUUGGAAACUACCUGAAAAUGGCUUAAGUUUGGGAACGUGUUUGUGAAGCCUAAUUUGGAGCUCAAUUUGAGAAGUAUGGAUGCGAUUCAAGUCCAGGGGCCUCAACCACGUUAAAUUACGUAUGUUUUUUCUACAAAGGCAAGGCAUUGGAUGAAAGAUUUAAUAUCUUUAAGGCUUCAAACAAAAGGCUCGAAGUUGCUACGAAGGUUGUUUUUCUUGCAGCUUGCUUAUGCUCGAAGUCUGUCACAAAAACAGCCUUCGUAGCAACUUCGACCCUUUUGUUUGAAGCCUUACAGAUAUCCAAUCUUUCAUCCAAUGCCUUGAAUUUGUAUAAAAACAUACCUAAUUUAACGUUGUAGAUGCUCCUAGACUCGACUCGCAUUCAUGCUUCUUGAUUGAGCUUCAAAAUAGGCUUCACAAACACGUUUCCAGACUUAGCCAUUUCCAGGCAGUUUCCCAGUUUUGGCAUAGCCUUUUGAUGAGGUUCAAAAAUAGUCUUCUGGACUUCCUAUCGAGCUCUCAAUCACUUCAAUAUUUAGAGGGACACUUCAGCUUCAAAACAAGCCAUUAGUCUUCAAUUUCCAUCUAGCCAAUUGUAUGAUAUGAAUCUCCAAAGUAGGCACCAUGAACUGUUUUUACACUGAAACAACAGAUUAGGUCGACCUAAUCCUAUAUGAAGUCGACCGAAUCCUAAAUGAGGUCGACCUAAUCCUAACUGAGGUCGACCGGAAAGUACAAGUCACCGUGACAUGCAUGUCAUCGUAAGCGCACUCUAAAGUAAAAUAUAUUCCUAUGGACAAAUAAAUAUAUUCCUAUGGACAAAUAAGUUAGUGAUCAAUCAAUACUAUAAUGUACCAUGAUGGUUAGCAACUCAAAUAAACUAAUUCUUAAGACGGGAAGAAAGGAAGAGGAAGUACAUAAAGAUCCUACACUCCCACAAUAUAAAGUGUAUCCUUGAAUCUCUGGACUGGAUAAUAAUAAUGAUAUUACCAAGGUUUGGUAUUUUGUGGAUUCAACCUACCUACUCCUAAUCAAAAUCAUAAUUUGCCACAAAACUUGAUGGAAAAACACUUGUACUAAAAUAGUCCACUAAAUAAUAAAUACAUAUAUUUUUGUCAUUGUUGUGUUUCGAUUUCCACGAAGUCGAUAUUUAUUAAAUUAGGCCUCGUGAGUUCAUCAGCCAAAAAAAAAAUAGAAGGCGAUUCAGGAUAAAAAGUUGCAUGGAUUGUCACCGGCACCGGGGGCGCCAGUUAUUUCACAUUUGUUUUUUGCCGAUGACAGCAUCUUUUUUGCUCGGGCGACGCAGCAGGAAAGCGAGACUUUGAGAAGAAUUUUGACAGACUAUGAGAGGGAAUCGGGACAGUUGGUAAGCCUGUCAAAGUCAGGGGUAUCGUUUAGUGACAAUGUUUCGACUCAUAACAAGCUCCUGGUCAGUGGCACUCUGGGUAUGCCAAUUGUUGCCAAGCAUGAGAAAUACCUGGGGUUAGCGACUGUAGCUGGACGCUCGAAGAAGGAACUGUUCACAGGAAUUGUUGACCGUAUAAGAAAGAAACUGAAGGGAUGGAAGGAGAGGGUGUUGUCGGUUGCAGCUAGGGAAGUGCUCAUUAAGUCGGUAGCUCAGGCACAAUUAUCUUACGCAAUGACGGUUUUCAAGGUGCCGGAGGGUGUGUUGGAUGAAGUGCAUAGCAUGAUUAUGGCAUUUUGGUGGGGACAGAAAGGGACCGAGAGACGGGUGAGCUGGUUACGAAGGGAAGAGAUGGUCUGCUCGAAGAUGGAGGGCGGGAUGGGGUUUCGCGACUUGAAGGGGUUCAACAUGGCGCUAUUAGCAAAGCAGCUUUGGAAUCUCUAUCAACGGCCGAACUCACUAAUUGCUACCAUUCUCCGAGCUAAGUACCAUAAGCAUGUAUCUAUUUUGGAUGCUAGAGCGGGAUAUAACCCAAGUUACAUGUGGCGCAGCCUGAUGUCAGCGUUGGAUUUCCUGAAUAGUGGAUUGAGAUGGCGGAUCGGCAAUGGAGACUCUGUAUGUAUCUGGGGGGACAAAUGGGUUCCGAGCAGCCCUGAGUUGUUUGUGCCUUCAGCGCCGCGAGGCCUCCCGGUUGACUCACGAGUCAGUGCACUCAUUGACCCGAUAACUGAACAAUGGGAUCUCUCUUUGCUGGAGAACUGUUUCCCGAAUGAGCUGGUUAGGAACAUCCUUAAAAUCCCACUCCGAGGCAUUCAAGAACCAGAUCGCUUGAUUUGGAGCACUAGUAAGAAUGGAUCCUAUUCAGUCCUUGAGGGUUAUAGAUUCUGGUUGAAGAAAUUCAAGGAAGAGAAUGGAGUUAACGGUUUUGGGGAAGAAGUUGUAUGGAAGAAGAUGUGGAAUAUGAACAUUGCCCCAAAAAUAAAGCAGUUCAUCUGGAGAUUUGCAAGAGAGGUACUCCCGACGGGAGAUCACAUCAGUGAGAAGAGCCAACGCCACGGGGACAAGUGCCCCUUCUGCGACCUCCGAGAAACACAGAUCCACCUUUUCGGUGAUUGCCAAUGGACGAGCCGGAUUUGGAGGACCUCAGAGGUGGCAGACUGCUUCAAUUAUCAACCGGUGCAAGAUUGCUAUGGCUGGUUCAAACAGGUAAUGGAGAAGGUUGAUGAGGAGACGCUAGAAUCUUGGAGCGUGAUGUUGUGGUACUUAUGGAAAGAGAGGAACGCACAGCUAUUCAAUGGACAAAAGUUGGCGGAGGAGGAGAUUGUUAUACGAGCUAAAUACUAUCUCCAAGACUACAAAGCUAAUCAAGCGAAGAGGAGGGAGGAGCCUGAAGUCCGAGUGGAGAAGGCGUGGCAGCCUCCAUUAUUGGGGGAAUAUAAAAUCAACACUGAUGCUGGAUUUGGACAAGCAGGAGGUGUGACACUGGGUGUGGUGAUCCGGGGCGAGCAAGGCAAGUUCACGUUGGCAGCUGCGAAGCGAUUGGAAGGGGACUAGGAGAUUGAGAUGGGAGAGGCUUUGGCGGCGGAGUUUGGACUAAUGAUGGCAAAGCAAUUCCGGGUUACGAAACCAGCCUUGGAGACGGACUGCUUACCUCUGGUACAGAAGAUUCAGGCGGCCGAGGAGGUUCAGACGGAGAUUGGUACGGUUUGUCGAAGUAUCCGUAGACUAUUGCAGGAGAUUGGACAAGGUUCACUGCGACACGUCCGAAGGUCAGCAAAUGAAGCAGCUCACCAGAUGGCGCAGCUCACUUUGUGUCCAAAUGAUGCUAGUGUUUGGGUUGAUCAACCCCCGCAAUGUUUGAUUAGCCAGCUGCAGCUUGACAUUGCAAUGGCACAAUCUGGUUUAUAAAAGUGAAGCAGGUUUACCGUCAAAAAAAAAAAAAAAAAAAAAAGCGUUCGUCUUCACUCUUCAAUCAAAGUCCAAACGCAGGAAAGGAAAGGAAAGCAUAUCAUAUUCAUUGGCAGGAUUGCCAUUGACAAUAUCCCAAGCCUUUGGAAUGAUUUGGUCCACCUCGAUAUAAAAUUGCAUAUAAUUUUAUGUGGAGCUUAAUCCGUGGCUACAUGAUUUCUCGUAUUCAUAUUCUACCCAGUAAAUAUUGGGGACCGUAACUUGAUUUUUCCAAGUUUAGCGAAUUGAUUUUUUUUAAUGAAUCUUAAAUGAUUAAAAUAGACAAAACACACAUAUACAAUAAUUCGUCAUAAAAUUAUGGUGAUAACGUCUUAUAAUACACAAGACAUUAUAUCAUAAUUCAUGGGUAGAAAAGUGUAUCAUAGUGGUAUGUUGUUUUUUAACGUAGAAUGAUUGAGUUAAAAACGGAAUUCUGAGUUUGGCAUAUUGGCUUACGAAUUUUAAGUGCCCUGGUGCAUAGACGGAGACAGAGGGUUUGGAAUGUGUCCCAGAACACAGGUAAGUUUUGGUAAAAAAAAAAAUUAAUACAUCCCUAUAUAUAUUUAUUCAAGAGAUAAAAUAUUCAAAUUCAUAACGUGAUAUAGUAUAAAAAAAUAUUUUACCAUUACAAUAAAGCUCAAUUUUUGUUAUUUGAUUGGUAUAAAAUUAAUUUAUACGGGCUAUAAAUGAAAUCUUCAACUGAAAUAAAUUUCUAUUUGGGUUCUUUUUUCUCAAUUAUCCUAUUCAAUUUUGUCCAAGAACUAUGAAGCCGAAAGCAGAAGCCUCUGCUAUUCAGUGGCGGAUUCAGGGGGUGGCCACCCCGGGUCCCGGCCCAGCCCUCCCCUGAAUUCGGAGUUAGUAUAGUGUUUAUGAAUUUUUCGAUUUUAGUUAUUCGGCCUAGUGAUAUUUUAUAAUAAGAUUGGGUGUAACUAGAAAAAUGAUUCAGAUUAACAUAUUCAAAUCACUACUAUAAAUUUAGUCUAGAAAUUCUAGCUCCAAAGACUAUUUUUCUAAAAAAACAAUGAAAUCUAAAAUUGUAAAAGUCUAAAACGUAAAAGAUUAUAAGAAAUAUGAGGUUUAUUCCCUUGAAAAUUUACUUAAGCAGUUAGUGGAUAUAGGUAUGGACGCAACAUGCAAGAUUGAUUUGUCUAGUGUUGACGCUGCUCGUAUCAACAAGUCAACAACUACUACAAGGAGAACCUUUUCAACAAUGAAACAUAUGAAAACUGAUUUCGCAACAAAAUGAACGAUGAAUUUCUAGCCGAUUGCUAAAGUAUUUUAUUUAAAACAAUGUAUGCUAUUUGUAUGGAUGUGGACUCCAUUAUUGAUGCAUUCGCUAAAUUGAAAUAGGGUUAAUAUUUUAGUUUGGCUCCAACUAUACACAAACAUUCUACUUUGGCCCGUGGUUUCGGAAAUUGCUCUUCUGGCCUGAACUAUGUACCAUACUUCCUUAUUUGGCAUGGAAGCGGGUUUGACCGUUAGUCAAUGGCCAGCUCACUUGGCCACAUCAGCGAGGCGGAAAUAAAAUAUUGAUUUUUUU